AUGACAUGGAAACGUUUAUUAUGGGUUAAACAAGAUUAUCCAGACAAUUAUACAGAUCCAAAUUUUCUUAAAAUUUUGAAUCAAAUCAAAGAACAUAAACAGAAUCAUGCUCCAGCGACAAAACCUACUAGUACUUACAGUUCAACUGUAGUAUUUAGCAAUAUAUAUAUGUUUUUCAAAAAUAUUAUAAAUAUCUCCUUAAUGUAUAUAGUUUUUAUUGAGUUUUAUUACUAUAAAAAUUACAAUCCUGUCCUCAUUACAUCAGUACUAACAACUUUAACUCUACUUUGUAUAUUUUUCAACAACAAAUUGACAAAUAACAACACCAUACCGAUCAAGUCGCCCAUAAUUAUUAUAUUUACUAUGCUAUCGUUAAGCCCAGUUAUUAAAUCAUUAAGUAAAACCACCAGUUCAGAUUCUAUUUGGAAUCUAUCGUUUUGGCUUACAGUUCUGUGUUUGAUUUCAACAAUGCUGAAUGACUCAAACAUUAUCCAAACAAAUUUACUUCUCUCUAACUUUGUUGUUUUAGCUUCUCGUUUGGAAUCGACCACUUUUGUGUUUUGUUUUAUUUUAACAAGUAUUGAAUUGAACAUUUUAUUGCCUUAUUUCCAAAAUUGGUUACUGUUUUUACCAAAACAAAGUCAAGAGGGACAGAAUUCAGUUCAAUUUUUUGUUAGGAGCAGUGUGACCAAACUACUACAGCUUUCACUUUUUUUAAUACUUGAAUUACUGUCUAACGGAACAGUACUUUUGUGGGUCUAUGAUAGAUUUUUUUCACAAACCAUGAACAUUUUUGAAUUUUUAUCAAUUUCAAUAAUCAACAUUGUAUUAUCUUUAGUAGGAUUAACCAGAUAUUUGUGUUAUUGGCAAUCUCAUUAUUAUACAAGGAAUAAAAGGGUAAUAAACAAAUGGGAUAUAGCAAAACCCGUUUUGGAUUGA